AAUUAGAAAUAUCAAUUGAUAUACCCAACGAUUUACCAUCUGAUAUACAACAAAAUAUUCAAGAUUAUAUUCUUGCUAUUGAUGAAUCACCUGCAAUUGAAAAUAUUCUUGAAGAUAUCGAAAUUGUAGAUAUGGUUUUAGCUGAUGCACAAAUUGAAGCUGGUAUUAUUGAAGACUUGAAAGAAGAAUUGGAAAAAGAAUUGAAAGAAUUUUUAUCAUCUAUAAUUACAAUUACAGAAGCAUAUGAAGCAUUAAAAAAA